CGCACACACAUGUGGAUGGCUGUCUGUAGGAAGGCGCAAUGUAAGUGCUCCGCAGAAGCCUCCGCCAAUCAGCGCUCCCAGCCCACAAAUCACCUCCCUGGGUCAUGAGCUUGGAGAUAGCCCAGCUUUGCGUAUAGAGACACAGGCGAGGGACCCACAUGAUUUGGGAACAGAUCGGGAAAUUCUCCUCCGUUUAACAUAUUGUUUCUUUUGUGCAAUCGCGCUCAGCCGUCGACGGCGAAAAGAAGCCUCGUCACGCCCAAGCUACGUUUAUAUGUCGCUGUUGGUAUUUGGAUGAUAUUCGGAUCCGAGACAUGUUCAAUUCCGGCUCAUCCAUUCAGCGCUGGCAGUGGGAAGCCGUUUUAUCCCGAUAGACACGAUGGCUGGAGAAGCCCAUAGACUGCGCCGUAACCGGCUCUGCUCGCUCAUUUUACCGGCACUGCUGCUGCUGACCGUCGCCUGGCCGACACAGCUUGUGGCUUUUCCGACCUCCCUUAGCGACUGCCAAACGCCCACAGGCUGGAACUGUUCCGGUUUUGAUGACAAAGAAAACGAUCUCUUUCUUUGUGACACCAAUACAUGUAAAUUUGAUGGUGAGUGUUUAAGAAUUGGAGACAGUGUAACCUGCGAUUGCCAGUUCAAGUGUCCCCAUGAUUACAUCCCAGUUUGUGGCUCCAAUGGUGUCACUUUUCGCAAUGAAUGCUACCUAAGAGGCGCUGCCUGCAAACAACAGAGUGAAAUACUUGUAGUUUCUGAAGGAUCCUGUAUAGCAGAUGGUGGAUCUGGCUCAGGUGAUGGAGUGAAUGAAGGCUCUGGGGAAACAGUCCAAAAAGAAACAUCUACUUGUGACAUAUGCCAGUUUGGAGCAGAAUGUGAUGAGGAUGCAGAAGAUGUGUGGUGCGUCUGUAACAUUGACUGUUCACAUAUCAGCUUCAAUCCGGUCUGUGCUUCAGAUGGGAAAUCCUAUGACAAUCCAUGUCAAAUCAAAGAAGCUUCAUGUCAGAAACAGGAAAAAAUUGAAGUCAAAUAUUUGGGUCGAUGUCAAGAGAAUACUACAGAAAGUACAAAAUCUGAAGACAGUCAUUUUGCAAGAACAGAUUACACAGAGAAUGCAAAUAAAUUAGAAGAGACUGCAAAGGGUCUUUAUAUUCCAUGCCCUGAACAUUAUGUUGAUUAUUGUGUACAUGGGAGGUGUGAGCACACUGUUAACAUGCUGAAGCCAUGGUGUAGGUGUGAUACAGGCUACAGUGGGUCUCACUGUGAAAAGAAAGACUUCAAUGUGUUAUACGUGGUUCCAGGUCCAGUCCGUUUUCAGUAUGUCUUAAUAGCUGCUGUGAUUGGAACUAUUCAAAUUGCUGUCAUUUGCAUUGUUGUCCUCUGCAUAACAAGAAAAUGUCCAAGAACCAACAGAAUCUAUAGACAAAAACAAAAUCUGGGCCACUACAGUUCAGACAACACAACAAGAGCAUCAACCCGUCUAAUAUAAAGCAGCAUGCUUCCAUAAUGGCAAAACUUUCAUAUAAAAUCUUGGACUAGAAAAUACUGAGAGAUUUAAACUGCUUGCCUUGCAUUUAUGGUAGUAUAUUCCAAUGAAUUUGUGCUACUAUUGUACUUUAAUAUGUAUGAGUAUACUUGAAAUAAAGAGUAUAAUUUGUGUUGUUCUUUUCUGUAAUGUACAUAAACUGUUUAUAAUAUUUUUCCUUUUAAUGUAUUUGUAAUAUAUAAUAAAUACUCAUCUAUGAGAAA